AUUAUGGAUUUAAUUCGCUAUAAUCAUUUUGAAUUACUUGCAUGCACAAUUCUCAUCUCAUCACUGUUUGUGAUAGAUGGUGCAUCUCCUGACCUGCAGCCUCCACCAGAGGACCAGUGCGCUCCAAACCCAUGCCAAAACAAGGCAAUAUGUAGAAGCCGUGGGGACGGCUACUCAUGCUACUGUGUGCCGGGGUUUCAGGGCGCUCACUGUCAGAUUGACGUGAAUGAGUGUGUUUCACAGCCCUGCAGGAACGGGGCCACCUGUGUGGACAGAGUGGGCAGCUUCUCCUGUCUGUGUUCUCCUGGGUUCACAGGGGCCACUUGUGAGGUCCAGAUUGAUGAGUGUCAAUCACAGCCAUGUCUCAAUGGCGGCGGUUGCCAUGACUACGCCGGUAGCUUCACUUGCACCUGCCUGCCCGGUUUCCAAGGACACCGAUGCGAAAUCAACUUUGACGAGUGCCAAGAGCAACCAUGCCAAAACGGGGGUCUGUGUAUAGAUGGGGUAAAUAACUACAGCUGUGACUGCUCUCACACAGCCUUCACUGGCAGACUCUGUGAGACACCACUACCACCGUGCCUCUCUGAACCAUGCUUCAACAGCGCCAUCUGCAAGGACAACCAGGUUAACUACAGCUGCGAAUGCUGGCCAGGGUUUGAGGGGCGCCAGUGUGAUAUCGACAUCGAUGAGUGUGGCAGCAACCCCUGCAUGCAUGGAGGCCGCUGCAUUGAGAGGUCGUGGCAGGCUCUGUAUGGCAGCGAGCCUCUGCUGCCUGAACACUAUGACCAGCAGCAUGCUGCAGGCUACAUCUGCAGCUGUCCUCUAGGAACUGCAGGCUCCCUCUGCCAGGAGGUGAUAAACCAGUGUGACCCGAAUCCCUGCCAGAAUGAGGGCAGGUGUGAGAGUCAGGUUGGGGGCUACAUUUGCCACUGCCUUAAACAGAGUAACGAUGGCGUCCUCUAUGGAGGUGUAAACUGCGAUGUGAGGCUAUUGGGCUGUGAGGGACAUGAAUGCCAGAACCAAGGCUCCUGCUCUCCUUUCCUGUUGGAUGGGAACCACGGAUACACUUGUUACUGCUCACCUGGGCACACUGGACCCCUUUGUAAUACCCCCACCACCUUCUCCUUUGAGCGCAGAGGCUACCUGCUGCUGCAGAGUCCCCUGGUCGAUGCCGUGGUGUCCUGCAACAUCACCCUCAGCUUCAAGACUGCUCUGCCCAGAGCGUUGUUGUUCCAGAGGAACAGCAGGGGGAUGCUGCUGAGCCUGGAGCUGGAUGAAGGACAGCUUCGUCUCACACUGAGGAAGGAGGCCUCUGCUGGGGCUGAAGCAGAAAGCCCAAGCCAGGUCCUGGAGCUUCCACACAAUGUCACAGAUGGAGAGUGGCAUUCUGUAGAGGCUGUGCUCGGAAGCUGGAUGCUCAGUCUGACACUCUUGGAUGAUGCUGUGAGCUGUGGGAACCAGUCGUGCCACAAGGUGGCUCCAGUCCAAAGCACCAUGGCCAGGCUGGUGUCGCCUCCUCAGAACACUUUCAUUGGAGGAGUUCCUCAAGACUCAAAUAACCCCAGUGACGACUCACCACUUCCAGCAUUCAUUGGCUGCAUGCGGGAUGUGUUUGUGGACUGGCAGCUCAUCGUCCCCGAGAACUGGCUGAGCGACUCUGCUGUUAAUGUGUCCCCCGGCUGCAGCCACAGGGACCGCUGUCUGGACGUGCCUUGCCAAAACAGAGGACAGUGUGUCAACCUUUGGCAGAGCUACCAGUGCCGAUGUCCGAGGCCUUAUGAGGGCCAGGACUGUGAGGAGGAACAUGUGACCACACGCUUUGGGAACGAGGACUCUCAGAGUUACGCAACUUUUAUUGUCACCGAUGAUCUGGGUCACAACUUCUCCAUCUCCCUCUUCCUGCGUACACGGAGGCACUAUGGACUCCUCCUGGUGUUAGCCAACAGCAGCAGCCAGUACCUGCACAUGUGGCUGGAGGAUGGCAAGGUCACAGUUCAGCUCAAUAACUUUGAGAGCCUCAAAGCGGAGAGUGCGAUUGAUGACGGGGAAGUCCACUUUGUGAGUGUAGAGGUGGCGGACGAUCGUAUGGCGCUGUAUGUAGCAGCUCAGAAACAGGGCGAUGUGGAAGUCAGGACAGUCACUGUCCAAGCAGGAGACACUGUGUAUGUGGGAGGUAUGUUGGAGAGCUGGAUGACUUCAGUGUUUGGUGGAUAUUUUAAAGGCUGUAUUCAGGACCUGAGGAUCAACGACAGGCGGCUGCAGUUUUUUGGGUUGGACACCUCAGUGAGAUCUUUUCCUCUGGACCUCAUGGAAAAUCUGACUGCUGGAUGCACUGGGGACAACACCUGCAGUACAAACCCUUGUCUAAAUGGUGGGAUGUGCUACUCCAUGUGGGAUGACUUCACCUGCACCUGCCCUCCCAGGACAGCAGGGCGGCGCUGUGAAGAGGUCAGGUGGUGCGAGCUGUCACCUUGCCCCACAGACUCAGAGUGCAAGAUGCUGAACCAGGGAUAUGAAUGCUAUUCCAAUGCAACUUUCCUGAAUGACAGCACCGUGUUGUCCUACCGGGGAAACGGCCACAUAUCCCGCAAUCUAACUAACCUCUCCCUAAACCUACGCACACGAAAGCGUAACACAGCUAUACUCCACGCAGAGAAGGGCUCCGAUUUAGUCACACUCUCUGUGCAGGGUGGUUUCCUCUUCAUGGAGCUUCAGAGUACCCCUGGAGACAACAGAGAAGAGGAGGAAGAGGAGGAGGAGGAGGAGGGAGAGCAGGGUGUGUCUGCGGUCAGUAUCAGCAGCAGGACGAGUGUUAGUGAUGGUGAGUGGCACAGUAUCCACCUGUUCAUGGCAGUGCCAUGGGCGCAAACCUCCCGGUGGACUUUGGUGCUGGAUGAGGAAAUAGAGGAAGCCAUCACUUCCAGGAGCCAAGGAGGCAACCUGAACUUCCUCAGGCAGGGGGUGGACAUCUUCGUAGGGGGCCUUGCCCCGGAUGCUGGGUGGUCCCUGACAGGAUGCCUGAGCACAGUAGAGCUGGGUGGCAUUGCCCUGCCGUACUCCAGCUCCUCUCAUGUGAACCUCCCACGUGUGCAGGAGGAGCAGUUCAUCCAGACAUCACUGCAACCACCGCUCCUUGGCUGCAGCGGGGCCCCCGUGUGUGAGCCCAACCCGUGCCUGAACGGAGGGGAGUGCCAGGACCUGUUCAACAACUACAACUGCAGCUGUGCCGCAGGCUGGGCCGGGAGACGCUGCAAAUUCUUCACUGACACCUGCGCUUCCAGCCCCUGCGUUCACGGCAACUGCAGUGUGAACGGGCUGACCUACGACUGCACCUGUGAGUUUGGCUAUGCGGGUGUGGACUGUGAUGAGGAGGUGGAUAUGUGUGAAAACCACCUGUGUGCCCAUGGAGGCACCUGUCUGCAUGGGCCGGACAGGUACGCCUGCCUCUGCCCUGGUAACUUCACUGGACCCCUUUGCAAUGAACGCAUUGAAGAAAUUCCGUGGUACCUUGUUGUCAGAAAUGUACGGCCUAAACUGCCUGUUUCUGUGUGCGGCGAUGACAACAGAAACUACACCUGCUUCAAUGGAGGCAACUGCACUGACCGAGAGCUGUCCUGCGACUGUCCACCUGGCUUCACUGGACACCGGUGUGAGCAGGAGGUGGACGAGUGCAAGUCCAACCCCUGUCUGAACGGAGGCUACUGCCGCAACCUCAUCAACAAGUUCUUCUGCGUGUGUGAAAUGAGCUUCGCUGGAGAAACGUGCCAGACGGACUUAACCUCUGAGGGUUUGACCUCUGACCUCUUACUGUCCGUCAGUCUGGUGUCCGUCGUCCUGCUGCUGGUUCUCAUCCUCACCUCCGUCAGCCUGGUGAUGACACUUAAUCGCCGCGCCACCCACGGCACCUACAGUCCCAGCCGGCAGGAGAAGGAGGGGUCACGUGUGGAGAUGUGGAGCAUCACCCAGCCGCCACCUAUGGAGAGACUCAUAUAA